AACAAAGCACAAUAAAACGACGACACAACACGUACGGCGACCGCAACGCCGCUUGUGCCCUGCAAACGACACAUAGCACGACACUCCUGAGUUCGAAAUGCAUGCAUGAGCAGUUACCAUGUCAUCCCCGCUGGCUCCCUCGAGAACUCCAGAACAUGCGCCGCCCCCGCUGCACCAUGGACGCCGCUCCUUCACAGUCCCUGCUCGACUACGAAGCUGCCCAGUCCCAGCUCCAGCUUCAACCAACAGCGCAGACGGCAUAGAAACGCUGGUCGUUUGCCCGCAUUCGAGGAUCGUCUCCUUCACAGCUGCGGGCGCCUCGGCUGCUGCUGGUGAAGCCCACGUUGCUUGGAGGACCCCUACUGAGCGCACGCUUGCUGUUGGUGUCUUGCGCAUAUACCGCGUGACGGCUUCUAAUGUGUCCUUCCUUAACUCCGGCAACCUCCUGCACACCAUCUUCCCUCGAUCACAAUGCUGGUGUGUCGAUGACCAGUCAGUCUUUAUACUACGAAUAAGACAAGAUUCGUACUAUCGAAUGGAACUGCCUUUCGAAACAGACGAAGACAAGGCCAAAAUCGAACAGUUCAAGGCGGUCCUGGGACAGGUGUUGCAGUACGAAAAGACGCAGUGUCCAUUCACACGAAGUUUCGACGUCGAUUUACCUGCACGCCCGAAGACGCCACCACGCAAACGACUCACACGGAAGCCCACACAGAAAGCAAAGAAGUGGACCUUCGACAAGACAUGGAUGCCUGAGGACGGCCCAAGACCUUCUACACCUGUGCUUGAAGGUUCCGACUCAGCUAAUACAUCUUCAUAUGAGGACGACGAUCGGUCCAGCAUCCACACUGAUACCAGCGACGUACCUGUUCCCGAAACACCCGAGACCGUCUUUGAGAAUACACCACCGCCCAAAGUAGUACGACGGUUGUCAGUAGCGGAACGCGCGCAGCUUUUUCAAAGCCCUCGAUCAGUCACGGCGCCGAUAAUCGCAGCGAGAGAUCGAUCUGCUUCCACAGCUUCGUCCAUGGGCUGCAUACCGGAACUGUCGAAAGAGGAGGAGAAGGAGAAGGAUGUUGUGAAAAGCGCUGCUAGACCGGCAGGGUUAGCACGCAAGACGUCCACGGAUGCAGCCAGCCUCCUGUCCAGUGCAGACUCCUUCUACUCGUUGAACACGGCUCAUCGAAGCCCCUCUCCACCUUUCUGGGAUGCAGAGGCUGAGAUCCUCAGCCCCUGGACCGAUAGCCUACCAAAGCAGAAUGAUACACGGGGCCGGACCAGACAUCGUCGCGACAUUUCUGAACUCACCGUUCGAGCCACGUCCGCAGAUCAUAUCGACAAACCCCCUGCUGUGACACCUGUUGUACCCCUUAUACCGAUUACAACACCAUCGAUCGACAUACGUCCUUCAUCCGCCCCUCACACCCCACCACUUGUGAGUGAUUCCGACGAAGACAGUCUUGGAGUACCAUCAUUGGGUGUGCCUACUCCACCAGACAUGAUACGUAUGAGGAAACUCACAGGCGCAUCACCACGACGAGCAUUUUCUCCGAUGCCACAACCGCAGAAUCUAUGCUUUCCCACCAGGCAGAAACCAGAUCAGAAGUUCACAACGGCUCUGGUUCGCAAGACUUGCGAAAUUGUUCUUGGGCCACCACAGCAUCUUGUAUCACUCAUGCUUCGCAUAGCAGCGAGCAUUUCUAACGGCUUCGGCUUUGCUACUUAUCGCGUUCGGCGUACUGAAACUAUACCAGGAUCUUGGGAGUCCAGUGGCGAUGAGGACGAAUGGGAGGACGACUUCGGCAUCCCCCUCAGCAACUUAGGGGAGCCGGCGACGCGCAGGACAGGGUAUCCUGGUGAGCUGGAUUAAUUCCUACACAUGACUACUUGCAUACUCUACGGACGAUACCAGGCGUUUUGCAUUUUUCCUGUCAGCAUUUACAUGGUCGGGGUAUGACAUGAUGACGGUCUAUAUGCACUUGCAUGAUUUGGACCGUUACGGAAAGCUACAUGAUUGUAAUAUCACGACAUACGUGAAGAGGAUUUCUGGCUCAGUAUUAAGUAACAUUGAUUGCAAAGUUCUAAUGAAGAUAUGUAAAC